AUGUCCCACCACACCCUCACUGUCCCACCACACCCUCACUGUCCCACCACACCGUCAAUGUCCCACCACACCGUCACUGACCCACCACACCCUCACCGUGCCUCCGGACCCUCACCGUGCCACCACACCCUCAACGUCCCAUCACACCCUCAACGUCCCAUCGCACCCUCACCGUCCCACCACACCCUCACCGUGCCACCACACCCUCACUGUGCUACCACACCCUCAAUGUCCCACCACACCCUCACUGUCCCACCACACCCUCACUGUCCCACCACACCGUCAAUGUCCCACCACACCGUCACUGACCCACCACACCCUCACCGUGCCUCCGGACCCUCACCGUGCCACCACACCCUCAACGUCCCAUCACACCCUCAACGUCCCAUCGCACCCUCACCGUCCCACCACACCCUCACCGUGCCACCACACCCUCACUGUGCUACCACACCCUCACUGUCCCACCACACCCUCACUGUCCCACCACACCCUCACUGUCCCACCACACUGUCAAUGUCCCACCACACUCUCACUGUCCCACCACAUCGUCAGUGUCCCACCAUACCGUCACUGACCCACCACACCCUCACCGUGCCUCCGGACCCUCACCGUGCCACCACACCCUCACUGUCCCACCACACCCUCACUGUCCCACCACACCGUCAAAGUCCCACCACACCCUCACUGUCCCAUCACACUCUCCCUGUGCCUCCACACCCUCAACGUCCCAUCACACCCUCACCGUCCCACCACACCCUCACCGUGCCACCACACCCUCACCAUGCUACCACACAGUCAAUGUCCCACCACACCGUCAAUGUCCCACCACACCGUCAAUGUCCCACCACACCCUCACUGUCCCACAACACCAUCAAUGUCCCACCACACCGUCAAUGUCCCACCACACCCUCACUGUCCCACCACACCCUCGCUGUCCCACCACACCCUCAGUGUCCCAUCACACCCUCAUCGUCCCACCACACCCUCAAUGUCCCACCACACCCUCACUGUCCCACCACACCCUCAAUGUUCCACCACACCCUCAAUCGUGGAAAGAAGGAUGUGACAGCAGAGGUGUGA